AUGGUCAACGUCGCCGCUCGUCUCCCGUUUAACCUGCACAACAAAAAAUCAAAGCAUUCCUCGUUCUCGCGGUCGGGUACACACCUAGAGAGAUCGACGUCGACGUCGACGCCGUCCACAUCCUCGCCUUCGCGAUCAGCAUCUACAUCCACAGGCACCUCGCGUUCGACGCGGAAUGUACACCGACCAUCGCUAAACUUCACACCGUAUUCGACUGGGAAUGCGCAUGGGAACGUCGGCGCACCGCUGACGCCUGCUACACCUGUGUUCCCGGCGUCGGUGCAUGGAGGCAUGCCUUCCCGCUCCUCGUCACGAGGUUCGAGGGACACAUCGCUGCAUGAUCACGAUUUCGAUGACCCGGACAGGCCCAUCCUCAACGUCCGGCUCGUCCGUGGGGUACCGUUCGCACCCUCACACUCAUCAUCAUCUGCGGCAGCAGCGCGAGGACGUGGCAGGGGUCGCGGAGACGCGUUGCAUAUGGACGGAAGCAGGCUGCGUGGGCGGCCAAAGCGGAAAGAUAUGGAGGGUUCACCGGAUCUGAGACAAGAUCACGAGGCGGGGCAGGCAUUAGCGCCCGCGCACGAGCCAUCCCGGUCCUCGUCGCGCUCGUCUGGGGCGUCGACGAGCUCCUCAUCGCCAUCGCCAUCGCUGGCGUCCCCGUCGCCCGCUCGCAAGUUUACAACGGCUCCUGAAUCUGACACAGAGCCGGCUGAACGGCCAACGUUGUAUAUCUCGCCUGUAUCGAUGAGCGGCGUGGGCUUCAAGCUGCAGGACGCGGGACCCCUCAUCGUCAGCUGGGGCGACUGA